AGAUGUAGCCGUUAGCUUCACUGUUCUCCUCCGGUGCAUCCCUGAAUUUCUCCAAUAUGCCACUUCCACCAGCCGCAGAAACAGAGGAUGCGGAGGCAUGAUUCACGUUAACGGCACUCGUUGAUAUGAGGAGGAAGAGAUAAAAUAACGAGCUGUUAAAGUCGCAGAUAAGAAAUAUGAAAGUAGAGUGAGGAUGUUUGCUGUUGACUGAAGUCCACUCCAAGAUACAAAAUGAAGAGGAGGUUGCUUCGUGGUUUCCUGUCGGAAGUCUCUGUCCGGUUUGUGCUGCUUCUCGUGUUCCUUGUGACGGAGCAGCUUCCUCCUUUUUACCGUGAGAUCCAGCCAGAGGAGAUGUGGCUGUAUAAAUUCCAUCGUGUGGAGAGAGACCACGUACCCACCUCUCUUAUGUUUAGUGUGGCAGUUUUCACCCCACUGAUUGUAAUCCUGGUUUUCACCUUCCUGAAUAAGUCCGAGCGAGGAGAUCUGAAGGAGGCCUCGCUGGCUGUGACUUUGACUCUGGUGCUCAACGGAGUUUUCACCAACGUCAUCAAACUUGUAGUUGGCAGGCCUCGGCCAGACUUCUUCUAUCGCUGUUUCCCAGACGGUCAGAUGAACCUGGAGUGGCGCUGCAGCGGUGACCCAGAUGUGGUCAUGCAGGGCAGGAAGAGCUUUCCCAGCGGCCAUUCUUCCUUUGCCUUUGCAGGUCUGGGUUUCACCGCGCUGUACGUGGCAGGAAAGCUGCGCUGCUUCACUGCGGCGGGCCAAGGCAGAGCGUGGCGGCUGUGUGCCUUCCUCACACCUCUACUCUUCGCCACGGUGAUCGCCCUCUCCAGAACCUGCGACUACAAACACCACUGGCAAGACGUGUUGGUGGGCUCCCUGCUGGGCCUCUUCUUCUCCUGGCUGUGCUACAGACAGCACUACCCCCCCCUCCAGGACGCUGACUGCCACAGACCCCUGCGCCACAGAGAGACUGUUCCCGCCGCACAGGAGCGCAAGCUGGCCAACUCCACCUACAUCCUGCCCCUGUAAACAGCUGUAACUGUUUCUGAUGUCAUUCAUAACGGGUUACAUGGUAAUCUUUCUAACUCUGGUUUCCAAACCUUGAGGGCUGGGCAGUUUAUUCAUAUGUAUCUUUUGGCAUUGAUCAUUGUAACUGUAUUGUGGGAUUUGUUUUGAAUGUUGGGACUUGGUUCUUUUUCUAAACUAAAAUGACUAAUGACACAUUUCUUCUGAAUGAUUUCUGAAACACUUUCUGCACAUAACAACUCCAGUUUAGCAACUACAAUAACAAUUUAAUCCCAAACAUGAAUCAACAUCAUUAAAGUUAUCACGAAGGAGGGCUUGGUGGAUACCAUGAUAUUGAUUGUUUCCCAUCAGGCCUAGCCCGACACACCCUAUGCAUUGUGCCUCUAGAAGACUUAACUUUAAAAACUCACAAUAGCUGAGCAGGUCCAGGACACAAGCACUGCACGGAUCGUUCACUGCCCGUUAACCUCCGAGCCGCUGCGAGGCACUUUCUCCUGAUCUAGGAACAGUAUUUGGUAAUCGUUUUUGUAAACUUGAAAUUUUUUCAGCAAGCAAGAUUUAAAAGUCGUAUUUUAUUUUUUUUAUUUGUGCAUUCCUGUCUUUUAGGAAUCAAUAUAUAGUGAAGAGAGUUGGCGCUCACCCGACAACACUUUUGAUAACCGAAUAAUCUUUUAAGUAUUUAUCAACUAAUGAUGCCAAACACUUGGUGGCUGAAUCUCCUUAGCUGUGAGGAUUAGCAGCUUUUUUAUUAUUACCUAUUUAAUUCAAUACUGUAUGACUGUUGGAAAAAACAAGCAUUUGAAGCUCUGAAAGAUUGUGGUGUUUCCUCAUGUUGCUCACAUUUACCAGACUAAAUCAUUAAAUAACCAAUGAAUGUACAAAAAAAGAAUCGGUAACAUCAAAUUAAAAUAAAUUGUAAGCUUUAGCUCAACAUAAUACGCUUGAUUAUUAUUAUAAGGGUCUUCGAAGUCUUCUCUGGCAGAUGGAGCUGUUUCCCGACCAGAAGCGCACUGUUUGCUAAGUCAGUGGAGGGGUGAUGAAUAGAGAAAGGAAGACAUCCUCUGAAACGACACACAGGUUACAGUCUUGCCGAAGUUCACAAACACUUGGGCUCAUGUGCCGGAAUGAUUACUUUUUUGGUUAUUUAAUGCCACUUGAGUCAGUUUCACUCACAAAUGAAGGCUGAGCUAAUGUUGACAGUUGCAAAUAAUUGAGAAGUGGACCUUGGAAUUUAGAUUCUGCACAAUAUAGUCAUUUAUUUGACCAAUAACAUCAAUCUAUCUACACAUAGAGAAAGUUAAUCCGAACUAAAUCGUCUUAUCAUGGCAUAUGUAAUUGCGAUUUGUAAUUUAAUAUCUCUAAAAGGCUCAGUAAUUUGCCAAAACAGCUGUGCACAAGUUCUUAACGUUACUCAAGCAUUAUAGUGCAUUUGUUGGGAACUAUUUUCAGCUGAGGAUUGAUACAGAUUUAGUCCAAGUUGGAAUACAGUUGAGGUCUAUGGCACGAUAAGUACAAGAACAUUUGAUGUUGUUUUUUUUUUUGCUUUGUUGACAACUAGAAGGAAAGCAAAACUAAAGUACACCUUCAUAUUAAACCAGGUUAAUCAAAACCCCUCAGUCAGCUUUAUAUCUUAAUAUCAACAUUGCUUUACUGUUUGUCUUGACUGCUUUAAAUCUCUCUGUCUUCCUGCAUUAUAUCGUAAAUUCACAGAUUGUUAGAUUAUUACAUGCAAAGGGUUCAUAUGCCCACUCCUCAGAAUAACACACUGAUGUAGCAGCUCCGUUCCCUUCCUCUCAGUUUUUGCAGUGCUUGCUUUACUUGAUUAUAACGGUUUUGCUCUAACUGGACAACACAUCUGCUCAUACGGUUAAAGGGAUAUUUUGGAUUGUUUAAAGUGGGGUUGUACAGUAUGUGGUUCUUUUUACAGUCAUUGUAAUACAGUAGAGGGCAGCAGAAAUAGACAGGAGUUCUAGCUUUGGAGCACGGCAAUGUACUGCUGUUGACGGGUCAAUACGUAUGAGUAUGUAUUUUAGACACGUAAAAGAGAGGCCCACCUAAAAAAUAUUAAUAUAAUUUUCAGAUUGUUUCCUGGUUGGGAACUGAAGACGCUAAUGCUACCUCGAUUGGUUAGUUUGUUUGUGCGGUUAUGUUACUUUGGUAUAUGGGAAACAACGCUUUAAUUCUUAAGUUACACUAUAAAAAACAAACAAGCUGAUUUAAACAGAUAUAGACAAGAAACUCCUGUGUUCUGCAGAAGUAAAAGUCCUGUUUUUGUAAAUAGAGUCUGAUGGCGUUGGCAAGAACUCGAUACCAGUUUCAGUUUGUCUGUCAAAAGCAAAGGCAAAGCAGUAAGAUUGUCCCCUGAAAGGAAUCACCUAAACUGAUACUGAUAUUAGGUUUUAAGUGGCUAAAAUAUAUGUUGGGGAGUUUACUUUUGUUCAUUGCUCUGCUCUCAUGCCUUUACUCUUUUUAUCCAAAUUGCGUGCUGAUCACCAACUACUGUAGGUAAUACACUGACUAUGGAUAAGUCAACCCCACUUGAAAAAGUCCCUCCCUUUUAGAAAGGUCUCUGGCUUACUCUGGCUUUCAUCCCUCUCCUCUGCCAGUCUGAAGUGUGAGUGUUCACCAGAGGUGGAGGGAAGUAGUGAUGUGGGGUCUGUUGUUGGAGUGGCGGUGAAAGCAGGCAUUUCUGAUGAGCCUAAAUGAGGUCAGCCUGUAACCUCUCCAGGUGAUGGUGCUAUAGCCUCCAGUGCUCCUGCUCGUCAGGCUUUCUAUCCUGUUUUUAUUGGCACCUAAAGUUUUCUGCUAGUUUUCUUCAACCAUGUAUGUUAUGCUUACUUUUAUGUGGUGUUUCUGUUGUAUCUAUCAAUGUAUUUGUAAGGUUGGUUUUCAAUUGGAAAUUCAUCAAAAUGUUAUGUAGAUUAUGACAACAUGAGAAACAACCACACCUCUUUUAUGUUUCUGUUUUAGUGUGAAAAGCAGCCAAAGGUUUUGCAGGGUCAAAGCCCUUCGUCGCUGUAAAUCCAGAUUGAAGCAUCGGGAUCACAGUGGUCUCAGACCAGACUUGGCAGAAAAAAAGUGAUGAAUUUGUGCCUUUGUUUACUAAAUUAUUUUGCUACAGGGAAUGAAGUAUAUACUGCAUGUAUCAGUGUAUGCUCUCUGUCAUGUUGGGGACACAACUUUGUGUUUGUUAUUGUUUAACAGCGUACAGGAGCCAGUUGGGAAGACACUUUAUGAUGUUUAAAUGUGGCAUGCUGCCUUUCUUUACCUCAGAAAAACCUUUUAAGUUAUUUCCACAAAGUGUUGAUGGAAUGAAAUGUGAAGAAUACAAGAGAGUAGCCAAGAGAAAGAAAAGCCUCACUUUUUGCAAACAUUUUAGACGAUGAUAUCUUUAAUUACUUGGUCAAUCUAUUCUAGCAGGUGGUUAUGAGAUGAUGUACAGGACUAAGUCUAUUUAAUUUUUGGGCAUGCAGGAGUUUACUUGAAUUUUCAAUCUGCACUUAAUGUUUUAAUGUUAUUUCAUGAGAGUAUGAAUCAUAUCUGUGGGCAUAUUGCUCUAAGGGAUCUUUCAGACAAAAUAAAUGUUCAUUCAACUUUG